GAAGAAGGAGGAGAGAAAGGAAGAAGAGGAGGAGGAGUGUAAAGUUUGCUUCAACUCUUUGCUUGCACCACGCCGGCUUCUCCCAAAAAACCUCAGGCGGGACAAACAUGACGCGGCUCGGGCUGCUGGGGCUCCUCGCCGCGUUGCUAUGGCAAUGUGGCCACGCGCAGCAAAGAGGUUUAUUCCCGGCUGUUUUGAACUUGGCGACCAUGGCGAAUAUUACAGCCAACGCUACAUGUGGUCUAUCUGGGCCGGAGAUGUUCUGUAAACUAGUAGAACAUGUACCAGGUCAGCCUAUAAGAAACCCACAAUGUCGAGUCUGCAAUCAGAACAGCGCAAAACCAUUUGAGCGCCACCCGAUCGAAUAUGCUAUUGAUGGGACCAACCGUUGGUGGCAAAGUCCAUCCAUCAAGAAUGGAAGGGAGUAUCACCAUGUGACGAUCACGUUGGACUUGAAACAGGUUUUUCAGAUAGCCUACGUGAUCAUUAAGGCUGCCAACUCGCCUCGCCCGGGUAACUGGAUCUUGGAGCGUUCAAUAGAUGGCGAGACCUUUGAACCGUGGCAGUUCUUCGCCCUCACAGAUACCGAGUGUCUAACCAGGUUUAACAUGAAUCCGAGGACGGGACCUCCGUCAUACACCAGAGAUGAUGAAGUUAUCUGCACAUCUUUUUAUUCUAAGAUUCACCCUUUGGAGAACGGCGAGAUCCACACUUCUUUAAUCAAUGGCCGUCCCAGCGCGGAUGACCCGUCCUCGACCCUGCUUAACUUCACCUCGGCCCGCUACAUCCGACUGGUGCUUCAGAGGAUCAGAACGCUCAACGCCGACCUCAUGACGCUGACACUGCGCGACCCCAAAGAUAUCGACGCUAUCGUAACGAGACGGUACUAUUAUUCCAUUAAGGAUAUUUCAGUGGGAGGGAUGUGCAUCUGUUACGGUCACGCCAAGGCCUGUCCACUCGACAGAAUUACCAAGAAGUUUAGCUGUGAAUGUGAACACAACACAUGCGGCGAGAGCUGCGAUCGUUGUUGCCCUGGUUACCACCAACAAGCCUGGAUGGCCGGCACCUUCGUCGCUCGACAUGUUUGUGAGAAAUGUAACUGCCACGGGAAGGCUGACGAAUGCUACUUUAAUCAGACUGUAGCUGACCUUUCGCUCAGCCUGGAUGUCCAAGGUCAGUACCGAGGCGGUGGGGUGUGUAUUUCAUGCCGUGACAACACGGACGGCAUCAACUGCCAGACUUGCGUUACCGGCUAUUACAGACCUGCGGGAGUGGACGCCGAGGAUGACAAGCCUUGCAUUCCUUGCUCAUGUGACUCGCAUGGUUCGAUUGGUCUAACUUGUAUUGAGGAUGCAAGCAAGGCGACGCCUUCUCAGCCACCGGGGUCAUGCCGUUGUAAGGAAGGCUUUGGCGGCCUGCGAUGUGACAGAUGUGCAAUCGGUUAUAAGGACUACCCUGACUGUCAGCCGUGUAACUGCAGCGUUGAGGGAAGCAGCAACAAUGACCCGUGUACUUCACCCUGCUUGUGCAAGGAGAAUGUGGAAGGAGCAAAUUGCGGCCGCUGCAAACUCGGCUUCUACAAUCUCCAGCGCGACAAUCCCCGCGGCUGCGAGAAAUGUUCUUGCAUGGGCGUAGUGAGCCAGUGCUCUGCCUCCACGUGGGUUUAUCAGAAUGAGAGCACACUGACUGGUUGGUACUUGAGCGGAGAUUCUGGACGAAUCGUGUGGCCCAUUCACAGAGUGACACCUCAAUAUCUAAGUGUCCACCAUGCAGAUGUUGUGGAAAGCCUUGGCUCUGCUUACUACUGGAAUACACCUGACUCAUAUUUGGGAAACAAGCUACCCGCAUAUGGAGGCACCAUGGUGUACACUGUGUCUUACACUGUAGAUCAGCAGGAACAGGGUAUUAGAGUCACUUCAGAGCCAGACCUUAUCAUUGAGGGUGGUGGGAUCAAGAUUAUGGACAGAAGGUACGGACGACCCGUAUAUCCCACUUCACCGAGUACCAACAGGAUCGCUCUCCUUCCUGAGAACUUCCUGCUUUCAGAUACUGCUCAGCCAAUCAGUCGCAGGGACUUUAUGAGUGUCUUGGCAAACAUGACCAGACUGAUGGUCAGAGCCUCUUACAGUACAGAACCAAGUGCUGUGUACAGACUCCACUUAUUCUCCAUGCAAGUAGGUCAUCCAUUUGCCAAAGGAGAAAGAACAGCGUCGGCUGUCGAAAUGUGCCCGUGUCCUCCCGGAUAUGCUGGAACGUCAUGCGAGGCUUGUGUCGCUGGAUUCCGACGAGUGGAUGGAAACUUAUACAAUGGCGUGUGUGAAGCGUGUCAAUGUCACGGCCAUGCCACACAAUGCCACCAAAUUACAGGACACUGCUUGGAUUGUUCCCACCACACCGCAGGCCCUCACUGCGAGACGUGCCAGCCCGGUUACUACGGCGAUGCCACCCACGGGUCAGCUACAGAUUGUCAGCCGUGCGCCUGCCCUCUCAAUUUGCCCAGUAACAAUUUCAGCCCAACCUGCCACCUUGGAGAGCGAGGAGAGCUUCUGUGUGACCAAUGUCAGCUUGGAUACUCUGGACCAAGAUGUGACAGAUGCUCCAACGGGUAUUUCGGACAACCCGCAAUCCCGGGAGGUUCCUGCCGACCCUGCGAUUGCAACGGUAACCUGGACUUGUCUACACCCGGCAGCUGUGAUCCAAUCACAGGCCGGUGUCUGCACUGUCGUCAUGGUUACGGCGGCGUGGCUUGCGACACUUGUGAUGAUGGCUUCUUCGGCGAUGCCGUCAUUGCGAAAAACUGUCAGCCGUGUCGUUGCCAUAUUAAUGGUUCCAUCUCACAAGUCUGCAAUAAGGAGAGCGGGCGGUGCCAGUGCAGGGAAAAUGUGGUUGGACGCCAUUGUGACGAUUGCUUGCCUAAUUACUGGUGGGAUGGUGAGCGUCACGAGUGCGUGGCCUGCCGCUGCACCCACCUGGGCUCCGUCUCUCAACACUGCGACCUUGAGGGCCGCUGUCUGUGUCGCCCGGGAUUUGCGGGCACGCGUUGCGACCAGCGUCGCCAAGGUUACGAGAGACGGGAGACGCGACGCCCAGUGGAGCGCGUCCCCGUGGAGGCCGUGCAGAGAAGAUGGGGCGGCCCGGCUCGCUCAGGGGGUUGCCCUCGUGGGGCCUACUGGCCCAGUGCAGCGGCUCAAACGUACGGCCUGGCCACAGGUGGACAGUGCGUGCCGUGUCACUGUAACUCCUUUGGCUCCAAAUCGUUUGACUGCGACGAAAACGGUCAGUGUCGAUGCCAGCCGGGUGUCACCGGACCGAAAUGUGACCGCUGCUCACGAGGAUUCUUCAACUUCCAGGAGGGGGGGUGUACACCAUGUCUCUGCAGCCAUGUGGGCAAUAACUGUGACGCCAACACGGGCCAGUGUAUCUGUCCUCCAAACACACUUGGCGAGAGGUGCGACCGCUGCGCCCCAAACCACUGGGGCCACGAUAUCAUGACGGGAUGCAAGGAAUGUGGCUGUAGUGUGGUGGGCUCAGUGAGCCAGCAAUGCAACAUCAACACAGGCUGCUGCCUUUGCCAUGACUCCUUCAGAGGAGAGAAAUGCAACGAAUGUCAGCUAGGCUACAGAGACUUUCCUCAGUGCACCACGUGCGAGUGUAACAUCUCCGGAUCGGAAAAAGAGACAUGUGACCUUGAGCAAGGGAUUUGCGCUUGUGCGGAUCGAACCGGGAAGUGCAGCUGCAAGGAAAACGUGAUGGGCGACCACUGUGACCGUUGCAAGCCCAACACUUUUGGAUUGUCCCUGCAAAAUCCGUUCGGCUGCAGCAAAUGUUACUGUUACGGUUUGACACACUCCUGCAUCGAGUCGCAAGGUCUCAUUAGGAUGUGGCUAACGCUGAGGCCAGAGCAGACUGUGCUCCCCCUGGUGGACAAAAGCAGUAUUGUUGAGACGCAUACAGGCGUAAGCUUCCAACACCCGGAGAUCCUCGCAAACUCUGAGCUGGUCACCACGGUUCUUUCGGAGCCUUACUACUGGAAACUACCACAACAGUUCCGAGGUUCCAUGAUCACAGCAUAUGGCGGGAAGUUGAAGUACGCUGUCUACUACGAGGCCAGAGAUGAAACUGGGCCUUCCUCAUACGAGCCGCAGGUCAUCAUUAAGGGCGGAGCUAACCACAACAUUGUGAUGACACGUCACGUCACUGGACUCCAGAUGGGUCAGCUCACACGGCACGAGAUUGACAUGACAGAGUUUGAGUGGAGGCAUGCAGAUGGACAACUCAUGUCACGUCAUGAUUUCAUGGACGUUUUGUACUAUGUGGACUACGUCCUCAUUAAGGCAUCACAUGGCAACCAGAUGAGACACAGCCGUAUUUCAGAAAUAAGUCUCACUGUGGCGGAAGCGGGCACACCAACCCGGGAGAGUGAAAAAGCCUACCAAAUCGAAAAAUGCGAAUGCCCGCUUGGGUAUUCCGGAUUGUCCUGUGAGGAGUGUGCUGCAGGUUUCUACCGCCUUCGCAGCGGCUCGCACACAUCUGCUCCGGCCUCCAGGGUCCCCACUGCUGUGGGGAUGGGCAGCUGCGUUCAGUGCCAGUGCAGCGGCCACUCCACCACCUGUGACCCUGACACAUCCGUAUGCCAGAACUGCCAAGACAACACGGAGGGGGAUCACUGUGAACGCUGUGCUCCCGGGUUCUACGGCGUGGUCCGAGGAUCCCGUGAUGACUGCAAACCUUGCGCCUGCCCACUUACUACUACCGGGAACAAUUUUAGCCCAUUCUGCGUCACCGAAGGCUAUGAUGACUACCGUUGCACAGCUUGUCCAGAAGGAUAUGAGGGAAAACACUGCGAAAGGUGUUCCAGCGGUUACUAUGGUAACCCUCAGAUACCUGGUGGUCGAUGCGAGGAGUGUAAGUGUUCUCCGUGGGGGGCCUUGCCCGAACCAUGUGACCCCGUCACAGGCCAAUGCCGGUGCACGUUCGGGUCUUCUGGGAGGUCUUGUGACCAGUGCAUGGAAAGGCAUGUUUGUGGACCAUCUGGGAUCAUCUCGUGCGACGACGAGUGCACAGGCGUGCUGAUCACCGACAUGGACCGGCUGUAUCGCAUCAUCACUGACAUCACGCUGACCACGCCCCUCCCACCUCCUUACAAGAUCCUGUACCGCUUUGAAAACAUGACCGAAGAACUCAAGCACAUGCUAUCACCUCAGAAAGCUCCAGAGAGAUUACUACAGCUGGCUGACUCCAAUUUGGGAUCGCUGGUAGUAGAGAUGGACCAGUUACACAGCAGGGCAACUAAGGUAUCUGCCGAUGGAGAACAAGUGGAAGAUGAUGCCGACAGAAUUCUAAAGCGAGCCGAGGUCCUGGAGAAGUUCAUCAGGGAAACCUUGCUGGGAACUCAAGACCUCCAAUCCAAAGCUGACGAGUUGAACCGAAUGCUGGCGCGCAAAGACGGAACGCCGGAAAAAAGUUUGAAGGAGAUGAAGGAGGAGAUUCAAGCCAUGCUGGUUGAGAUGAGAAAACGACAGCUGGGAGGGAAAUGGCUCAUUGCUGACGAAGAGCUGGACCUAGCAGAAGAGUUGUUCCAAAAAGUAAAAAGGAUGUUCGGCAUUCCUCAUCAAGCCACAGAAGACCUAAAAGCCGAGAUUAAUGGCAAGAUGUCAGACCAUGAGGGCAAACUUCAGGAGGCCCAAGAGCUCCUUCACUCUGCCCGUGAGAAAACCAGGCAGACUGGUUUGCUGGCUGGACAAAACCAAGCCAAUCUCACCUUCUUGGAGGGGAGGCAUGCUGCGGUCCUCGGGGUGAAACAAGAAGCACAGAAGGUCAUUGGGGAAGCAGAAAACCUUCUGGAUGACGCCAACCAACUUUCAGACAACAUCAAUAAAGAGUUAGAGGAUGCAGAGGAGAUGAGAAGAGAUCUCGGUCCUCUUCACGACCAGCUGGAUGACAAAGUCCGAGACCUGACGGACGGUUUGAGCGGCGGCGGUCUGGCUCAUCGUGUACGCGCUGCCGAGGAUCACGCGCAACAGCUUAAUGAAUCGGCUGCAAUUUUAGAUGGAAUCUUGGCCGAAGCGAAGAAUCUCUCCUUCAAUGCAACAGCUGCCUUUAAAGCAUACACAAAUAUUAAAGCCAACAUCGACGAAGCAGAGAAAGAGGCAAAGGCGGCCAAACAGACUGCAUCAGAAGCACUGACAAUGGCUUUAGGUCCGGAGAUCCCAGUGAAGGAGGAAGCUCAAGGUGCCCUUCAGAAGAGUCUCAAGCUGCUCAACCAGGCUAAGCAACUUCAUAAUGAUGUCAAAGACAAUGCCGCGACCGUGUCCGGAUUGAAGGGCAGAGUCAAGUCGGCAAAAGACCAAACCAAAGACCUGCUCAUCGCUAUCAAUGGAACCAUGACAACACUCAAGACAAUGCCCAACGACACCACGGCCAAGUUGGCGGCGACAAAGGCUGUGGCCGCUGAGGCCAACGCUACGGCCAUCGACGUCCUGGAGCGCCUGGCGGCCUUGAACUUUCAGGUCGACGGCAUUCAGAAGAACUUCAGCCAAUUGGCCUAUACGGUCAGCGCCGCCAAUCAGAUGAUCCAGGACCCGGAUAAAAAUAUCCACGCGGCCGGAGCGAAAGUGAAGGAUUUAGAGGUUGAAGCUGAUAGGCUGUUGGAGAAAUUGAAGCCUAUCAAAAAGCUAGAGGACAACUUGAGGCGAAACAUCUCACAAAUCAAGGAACUGAUUAACCAAGCCAGGAAACAAGCCAACUCGAUCAAAGUGUCGGUGUCGUCAGGUGGCAACUGUCUGAGGAGUUACUGCCCUGACAUCAGGAAGGGCAGAUACAACACCAUCAUUCUUCACGUCAAAACCACCACGCCUGAUAAUCUGCUAUUCUACCUUGGUUCUGCCAAAUAUGUUGAUUUCUUGGCUCUGGAGAUGCGAAAGGGCAAAGUGUAUUUCCUUUGGGACGUUGGUUCUGGUGUGGGACGAGUAGAAUACCCACAUCUCACCAUCCAUGACGGGAACUGGCACAGAAUAGAAGCUUCUCGUAACGGAUUGAACGGUACCAUAUCAGUGUACCCUCUGGAAGGUCCGAGGGCCGGCCUUGUGCCGAGCCCAAACAGUGCAAACUCACCCGUAACUUACACCAUCCUGGACGUGGACCAGAACGCAUACCUGUUUGUGGGCGGAAUACUCGGCACGGUCAAGAAAGCGGAUGCUGUGAGGACAGCAACUUUUACGGGCUGCAUGGGGGAAACCUUCCUUGAUGGAAAACCAAUUGGACUGUGGAACUACAGGGACAGGCAGGGAGACUGCAAAGGAUGUGUUGUCAGCCCGCAGGCAUCAAAUGGUGAAGGGACUGUCCAGCUGGACGGGGAAGGCUACGCCUCAGUGGCACGACCAACAAGAUGGAACCCGAAUGUUUCCAGUGUUACAUUCAAGUUCCGAACAUUCGCCUCCGAUGCGCUGCUCAUGUAUCUGGCAACCGAUGACAUGAAAGACUUUAUGUCCUUGGAGCUAGAAGGUGGCAAGGUGAAGAUGAACUUUGAUCUAGGCUCAGGAGCUGGCAGCGCCAUAUCAGCUCACCGUCAAAACGACGGGCACUGGAAAUCCCUCACCAUGUCUCGCAACAAAAAGCAAGCCACAGUGACCAUCGUGGACAUUGACACCAGUGCUGAGGAGAAAAUCGGGGCGACGUCUUUGGGAACGGCCACUGGGCUGAACCUCAAGGAGAAGCAGAGUAUUUAUUUUGGAGGUCUGCCUACCAUUGGAAACUACAGCAUGAAAUCCAGGUCGGAGGUCAUGCUGAAGCGCUAUGUCGGCUGCCUUCGGGAGAUUGAAGUAUCCCGAACUCCAUAUAAUCUCCUCAGUAGUUCCGAUUACAUCGGGGUUACCAAAGGAUGUAAUGUAGAGAAUCUAUACACAGUCAGCUUCUCCAAGCCGGGCUUCGUGGAGCUCGGCGGGUUGUCCCUGGCGGUUGGCACCGAGAUCAGCCUGUCGUUCAGCACCCUAGCGGACACUGGAAUCCUACUGUUAGCAGUGGGCGGAGCUCCGCCCAUUAGCCAACAGGUCCGUCACCAAAACGUCAUCUCGAAGAGGAAACGAAGACAAUCGGGAGAGCCUUUCCUCUCUGUGAUGCUGAACAAAGGCCUACUGGAGGUGCUGGUGUUCUCGGGCAGCCACAGUCUGCGUCGAGUCGUCAGACGGCCUGAGCAAGGCGUCCUGAAUGACGGCAGAGAGCACUCGUUGCGUAUCGAGAGACUACCCGGCAGAUCUUUUGCAGUGCAAGUAGAUGAGGAGCCAAAGAGGGACUCUCCACUUCCCAAUGACCAGCCAAUCAUCUUACAUCGUGUGUUCCUCGGUGGUAUUCCUUCUGAGGUGGAGAGGACCUCCAACAGGGUCAACGUUCCCUUCCAGGGAUGUAUAUGGAAUCUCAUGGUCAACUCUGUUGUGUCAGACUUCUCCCAGGCGGUUUCCUUUGAAAACGCCGAAAUCGGCCAGUGUCCCAGCCUUGCCCCGCUCCCUCCUCUUCCCUACCCGACGGACGAGGAUGAGAAGGAAGUAGAAACGACCGAACCGCACCGACCCGUGCCCACUCCUGCAUUUGUUACAUCGCCUCCUGAACUUUCUCCCGAGGCCACUGCAAUUGUUGCACCCGCUGCCGCACCUCCUGCUACACCUACUUCUGCUGAAGCCCCGCCCACUGCUGACACGGACUCAUGCCCCUCGGCUGUGGCCCCUGUGGCUCUGGAGAAGUCUUACCAGUUUGGACUGGGAAGGAACAGUCAUAUGAGCUUUGCCUUCGAUGACGCCAAAGUGAGAGAAAGGUUGAUUUUGGAGUUCGAACUGAGGACACAUGAGGAAUCGGGACUGGUUCUCUACAUGGCCAGAAUCAACCACGCUGACUUUGUCUCCAUUCAGAUUAAGGAUGGACAGGUGUGCCUGGGUUAUGACCUGGGUCAUGGUAACACAUCUGGAUGCGUCCCCUACUCCAUUAAUGAUGGGAACUGGCAUAAGAUCCGUGUGGCUCGCAGCAAGCAGCGGGCACUCCUGGUGGUGGAUGGCCGAUACAGCAAACAAAUGAUUAGCCCCAAAAAGGCUGACCUGUUAGAUGUGGUGGGAAUGUUGUACGUUGGUGGCCUACCACACAACUACACCACCAAGAGGAUUGGGCCGAUUCUUUUCAGCAUCAACGGGUGCCUGCGUCGCUUAAAGAUGGUGGGAGGUGCCGUCACCACAAAGCCCUCCGCUCCGGGUCGUGCCGAGGCGCUUACUGAAGACUUUAAACUUGAUAUGGAGACGCCAACGUCCAGUCACAUGGUCGGGAGAUGCUUCUCCGCCACCGAGCCAGGAACUUAUUUUGACGGAACCGGAUUCUUGAAAGCAGUGUCCACCUAUCGAGUGGGUCUGGAUGUGUCUAUCGCGUUCCAGUUCCGAACCAGCAGAACUAACGGCGUCCUUUUGACCAUCAGUAAUCAAGGCAACGAUGGACUUGGUCUCGAAAUUAUUCAGGGCCGGCUGCUCUUCCACGUGGACAACGGCGCCGGACGCAUCACGGCGCUGCACGUGCCCGACGGCGACGGGUUCUGUGACGGCCAGUGGCACUCUGUCGUCGCCAACAAGGUUCGCCACAGGGUGGAGCUGCUGGUGGAUGGGAAGCAGAGUCAAGCUCAGAGUCCCAAUGCACGCUCCAACACCUGUGACACCAACGACCCCAUUUACGUGGGAGGCUACCCGGACGGUGUCCGUCAGGCAGCUCUGACCAGCCGCACGUCCUUCAGAGGUUGCAUGAGGGACCUGAAGAUCACCAAAGCCUCAAAGACCAUGGACGUGCACUUCAACAAGGCUCUGGAAGUCAAAGGAGUGCAACCGCUUUCCUGCCCCGCCAUUGCUGCUUAGCAACCAUUCAACUACUUGCCAUUUUCCCUACGCUGGUUAAAUGUAGCAGAUCCAUUUGGGUAGGGUCAAUAAAUAUGUAAAAGUGUGACAGAGUACUGUUUUGUUUGCUUGCGCCCUUUCACCCCAGCAUUAAAUCUACCAAUAAGAAUAAUCAGUAUCAUUUUUUAUUUGCUGCUAUGAACCCCAAAGUCAAAAUCACUAACCACCACAUUGACUAAUUUGACUGAAUGUAAUUUCAGAGGUAUGUGUUUUGAGUCUAACAUCUCUAAUUCACAUCUUUCCACACUGUAAAAUAUCUUUUUUCUUGCUAUGCCAUUGACCACAUAGUUUUAAAAGGUGCUGCUACACAAAUGAAUAAAGCUUUAUUUACUUGA